CUUCAGGGGGUCCGGCCCGGGCGGGGGGCCCCGAGCCGUUGCCCUCCUCGCUGGCCUCCGAACCCCAUUUCCUGCUUUUUCAGUUUCCUUGGGGAGGGGCGGGUGGGUCUGGAUGAAUUGUUCCGGGGGGUCCCCGAUGAGGCGGGCCGGGGGGCCGCUCUCUUUUUAGAGGGUCCCCGCAGGACCCGGGUGGGGAAGCGGUUGUGUUUGCAUGGGUGGGGGACUUCCCGAGCCUGCUGGGACCAUGACCUGAACUGUGCGAGCCGGACGUGUCCGAAGCCCGAGAGCCAGCUCACCUGAGCCGCCCCUCCCCCGGCCAGCAUGGCAUCUGAAGAAGCCUCUCUCAGGGCAUUGGAAAGUCUGAUGACAGAGUUUUUCCAUGACUGUACAACCAACGAAAGAAAACGGGAGAUAGAGGAGCUUCUUAAUAACUUUGCCCAGCAAAUAGGAGCUUGGAGAUUCUGCCUGUAUUUUCUCUCCAGCACUCGGAAUGACUAUGUAAUGAUGUACAGUUUAACAGUUUUUGAGAAUCUGAUCAAUAAAAUGUGGCUUGGGGUCCCAUCUCAGGAUAAGAUGGAAAUCCGUAGCUGCCUGCCCAAACUCCUCUUGGCUCACCACAAAACCUUACCUUACUUCAUCCGGAACAAGCUCUGCAAAGUGAUUGUUGACAUAGGCCGUCAGGAUUGGCCCAUGUUCUACCAUGACUUUUUUACUAACAUUUUACAGUUAAUUCAAUCCCCUGUGACAACUCCCCUCGGGCUGAUCAUGUUGAAGACAACUUCAGAAGAGCUGGCUUGUCCGCGUGAGGACCUCAGCGUGGCUCGGAAGGAGGAGUUGCGGAAGUUGCUGCUGGAUCAGGUGCAGACAGUACUCGGGCUAUUGACAGGUAUCUUGGAGACUGUCUGGGACAAACACAGUGUGACUGCCGCCACCCCACCACCAUCCCCGACCUCAGGAGAAAGUGGUAUGGUCUGCACCACACAUGGUGACUUACUGAGUAACCUAUUGCAGAGUCCUAGUUCAGCCAAACUGUUGAAUCAGCCAAUCCCCAUCCUUGAUGCGGAGAGUGAGUAUAUCUGUUCCCUGGCCUUGGAGUGCCUGGCUCAUCUCUUCAGUUGGAUUCCUCUGUCUGCCAGCAUCACCCCAUCCCUCCUUACCACCAUCUUCCACUUUGCACGCUUUGGCUGUGACAUCCGGGCCAGGAAGAUGGCAUCAGUUAAUGGCAGCAGCCAGAACUGUGUGUUGGGUCAGGAGCGCGGCCGGCUUGGGGUUCUGGCCAUGUCCUGCAUCAAUGAACUCAUGUCCAAGAACUGUGUGCCUAUGGAAUUCGAGGAGUACUUACUGCGUAUGUUCCAGCAGACUUUCUACCUCCUGCAGAAAAUCACCAAGGAUAACAAUGCCCACACGGUGAAGAGCAGGCUAGAAGAGCUUGAUGAGAGCUACAUCGAGAAGUUUACUGACUUCCUGCGGCUCUUUGUGAGUGUUCACCUAAGAAGAAUUGAGUCCUACUCCCAGUUCCCUGUGGUGGAGUUUUUGACACUUUUGUUCAAGUACACAUUUCAUCAGCCUACUCAUGAAGGUUACUUCUCUUGUUUGGAUAUCUGGACGCUCUUUUUGGACUAUCUGACAAGUAAAAUUAAAAGUCGUCUGGGAGACAAGGAAGCAGUUCUCAACAGGUACGAAGAUGCUUUAGUCCUCUUGCUCACGGAGGUGCUGAAUCGAAUCCAGUUCAGAUACAACCAGGCCCAGUUGGAGGAGUUGGAUGACGAGACUCUGGAUGACGAUCAGCAAACAGAGUGGCAGCGGUACUUACGCCAGAGCUUGGAGGUAGUGGCCAAAGUGAUGGAGCUCCUUCCCACACACGCCUUCUCAACACUGUUCCCAGUUCUUCAGGACAAUUUAGAAGUUUAUCUGGGGUUACAGCAGUUUAUAGUUACUUCAGGGUCAGGUCACAGGUUGAACAUCACGGCGGAGAACGACUGCCGGCGCCUGCACUGCUCGCUGCGAGACCUGAGUUCCCUCCUGCAGGCUGCGGGCCGCCUGGCCGAGUAUUUCAUCGGGGACGUGUUUGCCUCGCGCUUCAACGAUGCCCUCACCGUGGUGGAGAGGUUGGUUAAAGUCACUUUGUAUGGAUCUCAGAUAAAAUUGUACAACAUUGAGACUGCCGUGCCAUCAGUAUUGAAGCCUGAUCUCAUUGAUGUGCAUGCUCAGUCCCUGGCUGCUCUGCAGGCUUACUCUCACUGGUUAGCGCAGUACUGCAGCGAGGCUCACCGGCAGAACACGCAGCAGUUUGUUACGCUCAUCUCCACCACCAUGGAUGCAGUCACACCUCUGAUCAGCACCAAGGUCCAAGACAAGCUGUUGUUAUCCGCGUGCCACUUACUAGUCUCACUGGCCACCACAGUGCGACCUGUCUUUCUGAUCAGCAUCCCCGCAGUACAGAAACUAUUCAACAGAAUCACCGAUGCCUCCGCCCAGCGACUUGUCGAUAAGGCCCAGGUGUUGGUGUGCCGUGCCCUCUCUAACAUCUUGCUGCUUCCAUGGCCAAACCUCCCAGAGAAUGAGCAGCAGUGGCCCGUGCGCUCCAUCAACCAUGCCAGCCUCAUCUCUGCACUCUCCCGAGAUUAUCGCAACCUGAAACCCAAUGCUGUCGCCCCACAGAGGAAGAUGCCACUGGAUGACACCAAAGUGAUUAUCCACCAGACACUUAGUGUCUUAGAAGAUAUCGUGGAGAAUAUCUCUGGGGAAUCCACCAAGUCCCGACAGAUCUGCUACCAGUCCCUGCAGGAAUCCGUUCAGGUCUCCCUGGCCCUCUUUCCAGCUUUUAUCCAUCAGUCAGAUGUGACUGAUGAGAUGCUGAGCUUCUUCCUCACUCUAUUUCGAGGCCUUAGAGUACAGAUGGGCGUGCCUUUCACUGAACAGAUCAUACAGACUUUCCUCAAUAUGUUUACCAGAGAACAGUUGGCCGAGAGCAUCCUCCACGAAGGCAGUACCGGCUGCCGGGUGGUUGAGAAGUUCCUGAAGAUCCUGCAGGUGGUGGUCCAGGAACCUGGCCAGGUGUUCAAGCCAUUUCUCCCCAGCAUCAUCUCCCUGUGCAUGGAGCAGGUGUAUCCCAUCAUUGCAGAGCGCCCCUCCCCUGAUGUGAAGGCUGAGCUGUUUGAGCUCCUUUUUCGGACGCUCCAUCACAACUGGAGGUAUUUCUUCAAGUCCACUGUCCUGGCCAGUGUCCAGAGGGGGAUUGCUGAGGAGCAGAUGGAGAAUGAGCCCCAGUUCAGUGCCAUCAUGCAGGCUUUCGGACAGUCCUUUCUGCAGCCUGACAUCCACCUAUUUAAACAAAAUCUCUUUUACUUGGAGACUCUCAACACCAAGCAGAAGCUCUACCACAAAAAGAUCUUCCGGACCACCAUGCUGUUUCAGUUUGUGAACGUGCUGCUCCAGGUCCUGGUUCACAAGUCCCACGACCUUCUGCAGGAGGAGAUUGGCAUCGCCAUUUACAACAUGGCCUCUGUGGACUUUGAUGGCUUCUUUGCAGCCUUCCUCCCAGAGUUCCUGACCAGCUGUGACGGUGUGGAUGCCAACCAGAAAAAUGUGUUGGGGCGGAACUUCAAGAUGGAUCGGGACCUGCCCUCGUUCACCCAGAAUGUGCACAGGCUGGUCAACGACCUGCGUUACUACAGACUCUGCAACGACAGCCUGCCCCCUGGCACCGUGAAGCUCUAGGCACAGCCUGCUCACCGCCCGAGGGACGCCAGCUCCCGCCACUGCACCACCUGCACCUGCUGCCACAGGCGUCUCCCAGCCAGGCCGAAGCAGCGUGGCCUGCCCCCGCCCUCCUCCAUGCUCCUCUCCUGCCACCUGCCCAGCAGAGCUGGCUCCAGGGUGUCCAGCACUGGUUGGAGUGCCCGGGGCGUUUGGAGCAGGCAGGGGUCACGCAGCCAGGUACCAGGGAGGCACCGGGAAACCCCGUGGGGUGGUCUGUGCCGACCAUGCGUGUGUCAGUCAUGAGGCCGAAAUGCCAAGGACAGCUGUGACGGUGCCACCUUCUCACCAUUCCACCUCCCCACCCCUCCCCGGCCCAGCCGGCUCAGGAGAGGCAUGAUGUUGGAACUGUUUGGCACUUCUGUCAAGCCUCUCCCCUCUUCCCCCCUCAAUUGCCUUGAAGUCUCUGCUCUUUGUCGGAGAUUUGCAGACUCGUGGGUUUUUUUUGUUUUUUGGGUUUUUUUGUUCUUGUUUUCUCAUCAUUCCAUUGUGAUACCAAGAAACUAAGAAGCUUAAUGAAAAAAUAAAAUGCUUAUGUUGUUGUUAUAUAAA